CUCCGAUCAAUCGUCUCAAGAUGCAUUUCUAUCGAGGUUUGAUCAUCUUCAUUUCGCUAACCACUGUAUCGACACUGCCAUGGGAUGGCCCAGAACCAACAGCAGUGCAUAAUGGUCUUCUCAUGCGAGCUGACGACUGGAGUGCUGCUCCAACACCCAGACCUCUAGCCUUCCAUGAGCAAUGGAAACGCCAGACGUCAAGCUUUAUCAGCCAAGAAGCUUCGACGUGUGGAUUUAUUAGUGGUUCUACCAGUUUGUAAUUACUUGACAUGCGAGAAUUUUGGAGAUGCGUGUGUCCAUGAUGCCCAAUACAGUGUUUGGGGAUGCUGCCAGACUCCGUACACUGCUUGUCAGUUGUAUACGUCGUGUCUUCCAUACUCGGACAUAGCGAGUUGUGGACCGGAUUGUUCUGCUGAUCCUUACCUAACAAUAUGUUCGGACUCAUUUUAUCCUAUCUGCGAUCAAUACGUCCUCGACGACAAAGGCAUCCUCGCAUCCAACUUCUACUGUGAUUCGACGACAGAUAUAGAGACCGCAUCUCUCUUUGCCACAGAUGGAGAUCAAGGCUUCGUAACCUAUGUCGAAGUCACUAUGUCUAUCCUUAGUGCAUCUACAUCGUCAAAAUCCACUUCUCAGUCCUCAUCUUCUUCAUCGACAAAGCCAUCUUCAUCCCCCACUGCUAUAAUCCUCACCACAUCCACCAGUCCAACUCCAAGUCCAACUCCAAGUCCAACGCAUACUUCAAGCCCAAGCUCAACUCCUGUUGGGGCAAUAGCAGGUGGUACCGUUGGAGGUAUCGCCGUCAUCGGUGCCAUAAUUGUAGCCAUCCUCCUCAUCCUCCGCCGCAAGCGCAACAAACCCUCCAACUCAGCCAUGGCAGCAACACCCAGACCGGCAACAUACGACGAAUCCACCGCACAUCCUCCACCCCAAAUGCACAGCUCUCCCGUCCCCUCCUAUGACACCCGAGGCUCAACCUACAAGCCGUCCAUUCCAAUGUCACCAGCCUCGUAUACGCCCGAAGCACAGAAAACAACACCAAUGUAUGCAGCAGGUGGACAACAGCAUGCGGGUCUGGGUCUCGAGGUCACGGAACUUCCUUCUCCGCCGGGGACGCCUGCUAAUGCUCAUCUGUCGGGGGGGUAUGCUACGCCGAGGUAUUCUAGUCUGGGUGCUUCCCCGAUGUCAAGUGUGCCUGUUGCUAGGCCUGGGAAUGAGAAUGAUGCGCCAGAGGUACAGCGGUAUCAGCCGUUUAUGGGGUGAGGAAGAGGGUGGGAGGGAGGAUUGUGUUUGGGUGACUGGCAGGAAGGA